AAAACAGCUUUGAUGUUGUGGCAGAGUUUUACAAUGUCGAUAGGGAUCUUCUUGAAGUCGAGAAGAAUAUGUAUCAUAAUUCCAUCAUGGACGAGUCCAAUCCUCGGGCGAAAACUGCAGCAGACGUCGUCGAAAAAAUGUUUCAGGAUGGAUUAUGCGACUUAUUACCUAUAUUAUACAAGGCAGCAACUAUUUUAGCAUCAAUUCCUGCUACAUCUUGUACCACUGAAAGGUCAUUCAGUGGAUUGCGGCGCGUGAAAACCUACCUCCGCUCGACAAUGGGCGAAGAACGCUUGAAUUCUAUUGCUGUCAUUAAAAUUGAACGAGCAUAUGUUAACCGAACUAUUAAGAACGACAUGGUUAAAAUAAUUUAUACUUUGGUAAAAUUUGGCAGACGAAAUGGACGAGAUAGCUAUUUCUUCUAA